AUGGCUGCUUUACCAUUUCUGCUGAAUUUAGACUCUCAUCCUUUCUACAAUCCUGACAUGUUUCCAAACAGUGUUUAUCGCAGGCAUCAUGCUCGCCAGCAUCACCCAUUGGAUAUGCACACAAUGGGUUUAAUAUCCCGUUUGGCUCCACAUUUUCGCCAUUUGGAUAUUUCCAAAGGAAAGGAGGAUCUAUCACCUGUUGUGGGUGGUCUCAAUCAUAAGGAUGACGAAUUUUCUGUAUAUCUGGAUGUAGGACUCUUUCGUCCGGAUGAGUUAAAUGUCAAAGUUGUCAAUAAUCAUUUAAUUAUUGAAGCCAAGCAUGAAGAGCGCGAAUCUGAUGACUCCGGUUAUAUCUCACGUCACUUUGUGCGACGCUAUGAGCUUCCCAAGAAUUGUGACCAAGAUGCUAUUAUAUCGAAAUUAACUACGGAUGGAGUAUUAAGUGUAACAUUGCCCAAGACAAAGGAUGGUGUCAAGGAACGAGUUAUACCCAUACAGCAGACUGGGCCACAUGACCUAUUUUUGAAAAAUAAAUCAAAUUCCGAGGAAAAGGUUAAACCAGAGCAAUAAAUGGCUCAAGCGUAACAUAUUACCAAAGAUAUUGAACAUUUUAUGAUAUAUAUCAACUCACUAAAAU